ACCACCUAAUAUCUUCAUGAUUUAUGACAACUCAAUGCUGUCCGGUAAGGCGAGUAGAGUUAGUUAACCUAGUAAAUAGCGUUCGAACGAGUCAACAUUAUCAGGUAAUAAAAUUGUGUAAAAUGUGAAACAAUUACAUUAAAAAUCAAUUAAUUAUUAAAUUUUAGGAAAAUUAUAAAUAUUAAAUUGAAGUUAUAAAAAGUUAUGAGAAAAUAUCAUGUAUUUGUGGAAUAUCCGAAAUAAGAAAUUCAAUUAUUCUAAUCUACAACACAUUUAUUAAAGUUCCACAGAUUUGGCUUGGUCUAUAGUGCUACAGAAUGGCUCAAUCAUUAAAUGAAGUGCAUGAUGUUGUAAAUUACAGAACUCAGUGGACUGAUGCGAUGGUGAAAUUGCUGUUAACUGAAAUAAAUAAGCAUGUAGAAUCUUUUACGAGUCCAGUAAAUAAGCAAGUGUGGAAAAACAUUGCUGCAUCCAUGAAUACUCAUGGUUACAAUUUGUCGGCGGAAAAUUGUCACGUGAAAUGGAUUGGAAUGAAAAACAAAUAUAAAAAUAUAAAAGAUGCAAAUAAUAAUACAGGCGCAGCAAAAGAAACGGGAGCGGUGCACUUGGACACGGUGCAUUUGGACACAGCCAAUCACAGCACCGUAUGAUUAGAGACAUUUGUAGGGUCCCUUGGAACAGCGACUUGUGAUUGGACUGUGUCCAAUUGCCCCGUGUCCAACUG